AUGUCGUCAGACGGCACCGGCUCCGCGCACAAGCGGACCAGGUCUGCUGUCACCAAAGCAUUGCAGCGACUGUCGAGCAGGGGCGAUGUUCCAACAGUAGGCUCCCUGAAAAGCAACAGCACUGCAGGCGGCAACCAGCCAGAAGCAGACGAGCCGCCGGGCAACAUGUCGAGUCCGAACACGAAUGCAGCCAACGGGGCUGGCGCUGGCGACAACUUCUUGUCGCCCAACAGAAUGUCUAUGCAGAGCCAUCGACCGCACUUGUCCACGACCAUGUCCAACACGCAGCUCCCGCAACGGCCUAAUUCACCCACCAAAGAUGCAAGUCCCAUCACGCCCAGCAGUGCUACACAGGGCGCGUCCAUCGAGCAGAGCGUAAGGCUGUUCAAGGUAUUCGAGGCACUCCGAAAUGGAGACACUGCGGCGAUUGCAAAGGCCACGAGAGCAGAUGGAGAGGGCGAGGGCAAGUUGGAGGGCACCAGUACUCUGCAUCUUGCCAUUCAAUGUGCCGAGAUUCCCGUCAUCGAGUAUGUCCUCUCGCAGCACGACACACAAGUCAACGCCAAGGACAAGGAGGGCAAUACGCCGUUGAUGCUAGCCUCCUCAUUGGGGAGAGUUCCGGUCGUGAAGCUCCUGCUAGAGCAGAAGGGCAUCAACGAUGCUGUGACCAACUAUCAGGGCAAGACAGCAUUGGAUAUGGCAAGAAAUUCUGACAUCUUCCAGCUGCUGCAGCUCGCAAGAUCGGCCUUCGUCGAUCAAGUUGUACGACGAAUACACCAGCUUGUCGGCGCUGGCGACUACGAGGGUCUUGAGAACCUGCUCAACGAGAAUCGCGUCCGAACCACGCUUGACGUAAACGGACCAGAGCUCGCCACAGAGCCAGCGACGGUAGCAGAUGGCGGUAGUCUGUUGCACGAAGCUGCACGUAGGAAAGAUCUUAAGCUUGCCCAACUACUUCUCCUGAAUGGUGCGGACCCCUUCCGUCGGGAUCGCAAAGGGAAGCUGCCGCAGGAUGUCACCAAGGACGACAAGACCCGGGCCAUUCUGAAGAAAUCGCCUGCUGCAGCUGCCGCUCAGCGGCAAAUUCAAGAGAAGACAAUACUUGGAGAAGGUGUUCAAGCGACUGGUGUGACUACAACCGACACAGGUCUCGGCAGCAAAGAGAGCAGAGAAAUUAAGGGUUAUCUCAAGAAGUGGACAAAUUACACUUCGGGCUACAAGCUGAGAUGGUUUGUACUCGAGGAUGGCGUUUUGUCUUACUACAAGCACCAAGACGAUGCGGGAAGUGCUUGCAGAGGUGCUAUCAACAUGCGAAUCGCUAGACUGCAGAUGGAUCCGAAGGACAAGCUGCACUUCGAACUGCAUGGCAAGAGUUCUGUCAAGUAUGACUUGAAAGCCAAUCACCAAGUUGAAGCAAAGCGCUGGUUUUGGGCUCUGAACAAUGCCAUCCAGUGGGCGAAAGACGAAGCCAAAGAGGAGCACCGUCGCGGCCAGCAGGAAGCCAGCGCGCGCCAUGAGCAGCUCGAGAGGAUGAAGACCCGUGAAUCUGAAAUCGCACACAGUGGAGGUUCCCUAGUCCCAGCAAGUGCCGUGAAUGGCGGCUCUACACCACUGGCAGGGAGCACUUUAGGCGAGCAGCUCAGUGCUUACGACCCAAGCGAUGCAGAUGCCACUUCGGCUCAUGGUAUGCGACGGAUUAGUCGCACAAAUACUGCCACCAUUGAAGGAGAUCUUGAAGAUGACGAGGAAUACGGCGACGAUGCAAGCAGUCAUGAGAUUAAACCAGCGAAUAAGGAUGCCUUCAGUAUCACCGCGCAAUCUGCCAAGCUGCAGCUCGAUCUCUUAGAUCAGGUGCUCUCUGCCGUGCAUUCGGAAAAGCAGCAGAACCCGGAUAUUGGUCUUUCACACCCCACCGUGGUACAAGCGUUGUCAUCUUACGAAACAGCGGUGGGUAAUCUCAAAGGCCUACUGAUGGAUUUGCUCAGGAUUUCACGAGAUCAUGAGGCCUAUUGGCAAUACCGCCUGGAACGAGAGCAGAACAUUCGCCGACUAUGGGAAGAUAGCAUGGCCAAGGUUGCGAAAGAGCAAGAAGAGCUGGAAACGCGCAUCGGCGAAUCGGAGGAGAAGCGCAAGAGAACCAGGAAGGCACUUAAGGAAGCUCUUGAUGGUUCAUACUCGACUGCCGGCACACCACAGCCACUGGGCGAGAAGGAGGGUAAGCCACUGCUUGAUGCUCCUGCUGCGGUCGUCAAGCGUAGGCAGACAAUUGCCGAGCUUACAAACAAUGAGCUUUCAGACGAUGAGACUGAGGAUGAAGAAGAGUUCUUUGAUGCUGUCGACGCUGGUGAGGUAGAAGUCUUGGAGUCACUGCCAAGUCCGCCUCUGGACCGAAAGUCACCAGAACCCAUUGUGACUUCCAAAGAUGGCGCUGGCGAUGAUAUUGAGGCCGAACGAGCUGCCAAACAACAAGAGAUUGCGAGGAGCUACCGCGGCUACGAAGAUGGCAUCCGAACACGUCUCAAGAUCGAUGCCGACAAUAGGCCGAAGGUGUCACUUUGGGGCGUCUUGAAAUCCAUGAUCGGCAAGGACAUGACCAAGAUGACGCUCCCAGUCACUUUCAACGAGCCCACUUCGUUGCUAUAUCGCGUUGUCGAAGACAUGGAAUACACGAACUUGCUCAACAUCGCAGCCGAUCGCACCGAUUCGACCGAACGUCUUGUCUAUGUGGCAGCGUUUGCUGCUUCCGAAUAUGCCAGCACCAUUGGUCGCGUGGCUAAGCCUUUCAACCCUCUUCUCGGAGAGACAUACGAGUACGUCCGACCGGACCAAGGCUACCGCUUCUUCAUCGAGCAAGUCUCCCACCAUCCACCGGUCGGCGCUGCCUAUGCCGAGAGCGCUAAAUGGAAGUAUUAUGGCGAGUCCUCCGUCAAAUCGAAGUUCUACGGCAAGUCAUUCGAGUUCAACCCGCUCGGAACGUGGUUCUGCCACAUCAAGCCUGUUGAUGGUGGACCAGAGGAUUUGUACACAUGGAAAAAGGUGACAUCUAGCGUUGUUGGCAUUCUCACCGGAAAUCCCGUCGUCGACCAAUACGGACCUAUGGAAAUCAAGAAUUGGACUACUGGCGAAGUGUGCUACCUUGAUUUUAAGCCGAGAGGUUGGAAAGCAUCCUCGGCCUUUCAAGUGACAGGUAAAGUUGUAGACUCCUCAGGUAAGACCAGGUGGUCAAUUGGCGGACGCUGGGAUUCGAAGAUCUAUGCUCGCCUCACCCCUGGCUACCAAGCGGAUGUCGAACAAGAUGCCGCGAACGAGAAGAAGGCGUUCUUGGUCUGGGAAGCGCACUAUCGGCCACCUCCCGGCGAGAUUCCGUUCAACCUCACACCCUUCGCGGUUACCCUUAACGAUCUGCCCGACCGGCUGAGACCUUUGAUUGCGCCAACAGAUACUCGUCUAAGACCAGAUCAGCGAGCUAUGGAGGAAGCUGAAUACGAUUUUGCCGCCAAGGAAAAGAAUCGUGUCGAGGAAGCUCAGCGUGCUCGAAGAAGAGUGCGAGAAGCGAAGGGAGAGGAAUUUGUGCCAAGAUGGUUCACACCAGGCAGGCAUCCAGUCACUGGUGAGGAGUAUUGGGUCUUCAACCACGAAUACUGGGAGAUCCGCGAUCAAGUCGCUGCUGGUGAACGCAAGUGGGAGGAUGAACGACUCGAAGAGAUCUUUUAGGCCAGACGCUUUUGCAUCACAGCCACUGCUUUGCAGCAAAGCAGGUUUUCGGCGACAGAGUUCUAGAUAAUAAGCACACAGGAUAUGCAGGAUUGAUACCAUGUACUUUUGAACUUGGAGAUAUUAUUACAGUACGCUGUG